AUGACGGGCUCCGCUCCCAAGUUCGGGCUGGUGCUGCUGGUGGCCGUCCUGCUGCAGAGCCUGCUAGUCACCAUCACCGUGCUGCGCUUCAGCACCUCGCUCAACGCCUUGAAGGAGACCUUCUCCAGGAGCAGCGUAUCGUGCCUGAAAGGUUGGCAACUUCAAGGAGGGUCGGCCGUGAGAGGCGAUCCGUGUUGGCAGGUCACGCAGCAACUUCAGCAACUGAUCGAGAAGUCGCUAUCUCAACGCUACCAAAAGCAGAUUUCCUCAGCGGUCAAAGACGAAGUGUCUCGGGUUCUGCCCUCACUGGUGCCGGAAGACGGAGCGGCGCCGAGACCCAAAGUUGCCGCUCACGUCACGGGAAGCUUCCCGCCUAAAAUAGAUGGAGGACGAGCUGCGACGACAGGGGGCGUCCGUCGUGUUCACGGCCAGAAGAUUUCGUGGUGGGAAGGCGAGACGGGUCUCGCCUUCUUGCAAGACGUCCAGCUAGUAGACGGCGAGCUGGUCGUCCCGCAGCCGGGCCUCUACUACGUUUACGCGCAGACUUACUUUCGACACAUCCCCUCGCUGGACGAAGACGACGCUCAGGAGGGCGGCGAGGACCGGGGGAGGCCUUUGCUGCAGUACAUCUACAAGAAGGUGAGCAGCUACCCGGUUCCCAUCCUGCUGAUGAAGACUAGCCGGACCUCGUGCUGGUCCCGCGACUCCCAGUUCUCGCUGCACUCCGCCCACCAAGGGGGGCUCUUCACCCUCAGCCCCGGUGACCGCCUCUUUGUCACGGUGACCAACGCGUCCGCCGUGGAUAUGGACGAGAAGAGCAGCUUCUUCGGGGCUUUCCUCGUAAGCUAG